UCAACGAGGGAGAGAGAGAGAGAGAGGCUUUCGUUUUCUUCUUCUUCUUCCUCUUCUUCUCUUCCCCGUCUCGAUCUCCGCUUCGAAGAAUCAUUGUACCCAUUAUUGAAGGUUUUAACGGUUUGUAAAACUGAUGGCUUGUUGUCAAAGAAGCUCUUUUAAAUCUGGAACUGGAAGGGUUACUGGUUAAUGUUGGUACAGUGGCUCAGGGUUUAUAAACUGUGGUGACCAUUCUCAGGCUAAGUUUGAUCAAAUGUGGAGCUUUGCAUCGAAUGUCAUUGGAAGUAUCGGGAAGAAGUUCCCUAAAGAUCAAGCUCAAGCCUCUUCACAUUGCUCAGACGACGAGGUUUCAAAUGUUAGCAGGGAUGAUGAAGGACUAGAAUGCCCUAUAUGUUGGGAAUCUUUCAACAUCGUCGAGAAUGUUCCUUAUGUCUUAUGGUGCGGUCAUACUCUUUGCCAGAACUGUGUGUUUGGUCUCCAAUCUGCUGUUUUAAGACUCUCAAGCCAAGAUAUCAGGAUCCCAUUCUUCAUCUCUUGCCCAUGGUGUCAGUUGCUUUCGUUCAGGAUUGUAUACAACGGUAAUCUGAAGUUCCCUCGGAAGAAUUUCUUCCUUCUCUGGAUGGUUGAGAGUCUGAAUGGUGACAGGACAAGCCAUGGUUCAUUGGUCAGUGAUAACCAGCAAUCGGUUUUGUCUCCCAGGUGUAGUAUGUCACUGGGAAACCACUGCUGCAACAGCAAUCUGAUUGUAAGGCGUAACCAGGCUCCACAACUUUUGUCACAUCAUGAUGAUGAUGACCACCAUAGUAGCCAACCAAGCAGACAACACUUUUCUUUUCAUAAGUCUCUUGAUUUCUUCAUCUCCUUCACCUCCAAGCUUCCGUUUGUGAUAAUUUUCCUACUGAUCGUAUUCUUUGCUAUACCGAGUAGCCUCAUCAUUCUUGCCCUUUACUUCCUCCUCACAGUUCUUCUAGCAAUUCCAUCUGGUAUGGUACUAUAUUUUGCGUACCCUAUUCUGGAAAGGUUGGUUAAUGAAAUAACAUCGUGAGAAUGAUACUGAGCGCAUAAAGUUUGAAGCUUUCAUGAUAUGUGGUAGUUUUGCACCUUUUUAAAAUAUUGUUUAUUGCAAGAUUGGGCAUUGUAUUUGUGAUUUUGAGUUCUAGUACUGUUGUGCAACUUUCUGAAGU